AGUGGACAGCGCGAGUGACCGCACGUGUUCCAUAUUUGAAUAUUUUUAAAUACCGACACACAAUAAUUUGGAAACAGUGUUUCAUCGAUAUUUUUAAUUGGAAAGAUGACGCGGCCCUAUCUUUUUGGAAUUGCGGUGCUCCUUGCGUGUUCCUGCCUGGAAGUAUCGUCGAGGCCUUCAAACAACGAAUUGGCGACAAGUAACAAAGAAUUAACAAACAAAGCUGCAGAACGAGAAAGAUCAUUAGCUUAUGAUGUAACUAAUACAGAAAACGAAGAUGUUACCAAAGAUAUACUAGAAAAGAUAAAAGCUAUAAAUGAUGCUCUGAAGAAACCAGUCAGAAAACAUCAAUUUCAAUGGAAUGCUCCACCUCAAUCAGGAGGAGAAUACGUCCUUGACAAAGAAGUUCUAGAAAAACUCCAGCAAGUUAUUGCUUCUGGAAAAUUGAAUCAUGCUAACCAUGUACAACAAGAGAGUAACAUAAUCAGUAACGAAGAGUUAGACGACACAAGAUAUUCCAGACAGCUGGCAUCGUUGUACGGUGGAAAUCCAGCACAGAUGGCAGUUAUGCCCGGCGCAUACAUAAUGAAUAUGCCUGUUCUUGUUAUGCCGUCUAUGAAUACUAUGUACGGAAACAAUAUUAACCCUACAGAGUAUGCGACAAAAAUCCAAACUAAAGAAGGUCCAUCACCGUCACCUUCACCAUUUCCAUCUUUUCCAUCACUGCCACCAUUUCAGUGGCCUUUUGCACCUUUGUUUCCUAUUCUAAUACGAGAUCCAUUACUUAGUAUCAUGAACGGUGGAGGGUGGAACAACUUUAUUGAGUAUGGGCAAAAUGCCGAUGUAUGUAGAAGACAAAAAUCAACUGAAACAAUGAUAGAAGACGUUGUUAAAACUAAAGAUGAUGCUGAAAAACCUUCGGACAUUAUUACAAACUCAAAAACCAAUUUAAGGUCAAGACAAAAAAGGGCAGUUAAGAAACGUACUGUUGCUCAAGGAAGUCAAUUACAAGAUAUUGAUUCAGCUAAAUUAAAUAAAUUCUUCGGCGUAAAACCAUCUUCAACAACUGCUAAGCCUCCUAAACGGGAACCUGUUACACAAGACACUAAAACUGUCAAUCAAGAUGACGGAGACGUUCGAUUUGGCUUCUUAGAUUUUUUCGGAAACAAAAAUGGAUACAGACAACCAACUGGGCCGGGUUUUUUCAUCAAUAGAUUAAAAGUGAGGCGAGGCGGAGUUGCUAUAGCUGGUCCAGGAGGAGUGGCAACUGCUGGAAGAGGAGGAACUGCAAUUGUGGGCCCUGGAGGUCUAGCCUAUACCCAACCAGGAGGACUUGCUGUAGCCGGACCGGCAGCUCGAAUUGUAGCAUUGUCGCCUGAUGCUGAUCUCACUGCCAUAGCACAUCGUCUGCAAGCACAAAGUAAAUACGGACGAGGAUGGCGAAGAGACGGACAAUGGAGCAGAGAAAUGAAGAGUUCAGAUCAGUACAUAUACAAUGGCAUGGAUUUUCAAGAAGUGCCCUUGAACAUGGAAGAUACGACGUUCAUGUUAUUUAUAAAACCGAUUGCUCACGCUUUGAAUUCUCAAGGCACUGCCUUGGCAAAUCCCAUCUCCCAAGUUGUGAUUGCAAGGAACCAGAGUGGUACUAUACUCCAUGCACCUUUAGCCACUGCAGUUGCAGGCCCUGGUGGCGUGGCUCACGCCGCAUCGGUACAAUAUGUGCCAUUCUACGGCGGCGCCAAGGGGCAAUACUUAGAAAUAAAGAAAGACAACCUGGGUAGAAUAACUGGGGAGAAAAUAGUUUCUGAAGAAAACAUCAGCAGUGAAAACAUACUAAAAAAUAAUAGCAAUGAGAAUCUGCUAGCAAAGGUUAUGGCGGCGAAUUUACAAAACCUUAGAACACUUUCAACAAAUCUGCUCAAACUGCAUAACCUUGGACGGAAAACUGGUACCUUAGGGAACGUGGAAAAAGCAAGGUAUAAGACUCAGCUGGCAUCGCUGGGCGAAGCUGCUUCAAACAUGAUUAAGCUGAUAGAAGAAGUGGAUGACGUCAAUAUGUUGUUCAAGAAAAAUACCACUGUGAAAGCUAGAGAUGACGAUGAGGACGAUGAUUACGUUGCUGAAGAAGGGGUUGGCAUUGACUCUGCAGAUGAUGAAGAUUCCAAUGACGGUGAUGGUUUUCUUAAUAAGGGAACCAUAGCUGAAGCCAAACCAGUUGGUCUUGCCGUUAUUGGAGAGCAUGGUCUAGCAGCUUCCAGACCCCUUGCUACAGCAGUAGCAGCUUCUGGAGUAGCACUAGCUAGACCUAUAGCUACAGCUGUAGCUGGAGUUGACCCAACAGCUUUGGGCAUUAAUUUCCAGGUCAACCAUUCGAGGAACUGAGUUUAAUUAAGUUUAACUAACUUAUAGUCAUGUUGUGCCUAUUAUUUGUAAGUAGUUAAUGGUGUAUUUACAAUAGAUCUCUUCUUUAGGCGCUGCGCAAACGUAGACACUUUUUUUUCUAGUUAGUGUUAAUACCAAACACAUUUUAAUCGAUUAUAAAGUAAAGGCACAUGCCAAUUUCAAGUACGAAGCAUUCUUCAAUUUAAUUGAGCACUUGUGACUUAUUAGCAUAUAUCUCGGAAUGUUCCAUGCUCAUUUCAGGCAUAUUUGCGAAUCGACAGGCGUUCGAUUUUUUUUCCUUCCUUUUAGCAUGCUAUUUUAAAGUAUGUGUAAAAUUACCUUUCCUUACAGACGAAUUCAAACAUUCAUCAGUAGCUUGUGUCUGGUAACAGACUCGAAUGUGUCCUUUCACGCUUUACCUUAGUAUAGUCGGUAUAAACAUUGUAGGUAUGUGUGUAUAAGUUUAGCUUUUCAAUAUAAAUAAUAGGCAUGACGAUUAGGUAUUGUGUUAAACAUAAAGAAAUAAUAAAGUUAGUUUACUUUAGGAAACCAGUGAGACUUGAAGUAAACUUAGAUCCUUAUCUACGUGAGCCUAUUAAAACAAUAUCGAUAAUCAGUAGUUACCGAAUAGAACUAGCAAUUAUAUAAAAACUUAAGUGCUUCAAUGUUUUAAAAAUAUUGUAUUAAUAGUCACUGCUAGACUAAAUACUCGUAAUAAAAUAUCAACUAAUGUAAUGGAAAUAGAAUACUUGCUACAAUUUAUAAAACUACGCAAUACAACCAAUAUUUGAUCAGAACGAGUACAUUUAAGCGUUUAUUAAGUGAGAAAUUGUGUGAAAGAGUGUGAUAAAAUGUCUUUCAAAGACGAAAAUGUAUUUAUUAUUUAUUUAGACAAAUAAAUCGAAUAAAAUGUUAAAAAUC